AGAUCCACUGUCACUAUCUGCAAAAUGAAACUGGAAGUAUUCUUUUCACUUAUUUGCCUGUUAACUAUCCAAUCAUUUAUUCAAUCAAAACCACUAGGUAAUUCUGAUGAAGGCGGAGUGUGGAGUUUCACACCAAAUCGUCUAUCAAGUGGACGAAUGUAUCAGUUUGUACGUGUCUCUCCUGAUCAUGAGAAAAAGUAUGCCAAAAGAGGACCAGAAAUACUUUGGGAAUUAGACUGACAUGUCAGAAUGAAAUAAACAAUUAUUACAUUUGUGUGUGUGAGAAUAUGUUGUUGUGGCGGUGUGGUUAUUAAAAUUACAAAAUAAAAAUUCAUUAAAACGC